GACCGCUGACCGCUGACCGCUAAUCGGAGAGUCUGAAGUCUCAUUUUCCUAGUCUUUUGAUAAGGUCCCCAAAUCACAGCAAGAAAUCCGUCGAACCCACCUCCGCAUUCCAAGCAAUCCCCUCUCGCAUUCUCCGUUAUCAUCUUUUCAUUCGAUAUGGCAACCGAUACAGAGAAUCUCACUACCACCGCUACUCCUACUCUCCAAGAUAACCCUACCAAAACCCUAGACGCGACAGUCCCUGCGUCCGCCGUGCCAGAGCGACUUGAGGAUUCCACCACCAUCUCCCCAUCCGUUGCAAGUACGGACGCUACUAAGGACGGUGAUUCGAAGAGCAGCAAGGGCACUGCUGUCGCAUCGCGUUCAGGGGAUACCGCUCCAGUAUCUGACACCGAGAAGAAGAUCCGCCGCGCUGAGCGCUUUGGAAUUACUGUUCAGUUGUCUGAGGAAGAGAAACGCAAUUCUCGAGCUGAAAGGUUUGGCACUGGGGUUGCAUUAAAGACAUCAGAGGAGCAGAAGAGGAAGGCUAGAGCAGAGAGGUUUGCACUUCCUGUGACUUCUGACGAGGAAGCAAAGAAAAAAGCUCGACUUGAAAGAUUUGCACCAACUUCUAAAACAGUUGUGCUAGAAGAAGGGAAAAGAAAUUCGCAAGAAUUGCAACCUUCACCAAACUCUCCAAAAAUGAAUGGAAAAGGAAAUAUUGAGCCUAAGGCAGCUAUUGCAGGCAAGGCUGGUGGAGGGUCCUGAAAAUAGUUAACCUCCUACUAUAUUAGGUCUAGCAAUAUAAUCGUGAUUCCCUCAAUGCCUUCCAUCCAUUUAUUUUCCAGCAUGAAUCCCAGAUACAGCAUUUUUCAUUUUCAGACAUGAAAUCUCUACAGCAAAGAACAAGACAUUGUGGUGUGAGGAGGAAAUUUUCUUGGUUUUGGAUGGACAAAUAUCAAUUUACCUUGUGAGGCCUCAAGUAAUCAACAACAAUUAACUUGUCUUGAAGUCUACUAGAUAUAUCAGAAAUUCUGAGUUCUCAAUCAAUUUAUCAUAUGUGUUUCAAAUCCUAUGAUUUGCACAAAAUACUUGAUGGUUGUCAUUUGACAAUUCCUUCUACAACUCACAAGGACAUGUUGCCUGCGUCUCAUGCUUUCCUCAUGGUUCAUCAGAAAACAGCAGUAUUAAGUAGCAUUAUCUGAAUCAAGACCUUGAGUUUUAAAAUGUGUUAUUUUGCUUCAUUAAGAAAUAGGGUGAUCAGUGACUUAUAAUUUUCCAAUUGAAUUAUAGAAUGGGCAACUAAGCUUAUAAAUUACUUGGUAACAAGUCUUAUUUUGGUUGUGACAUAAGCAGAGGUCCAUGGUUGUAUGGACACUUGCAGUUGUAGGUUGUAGAAGUUGAAAAUAUAGGACCAAUGGCCAUCUUAGAGGCCUAUAACUGCAGCAAAGAUUUUGAAAGACAUUAAUGAGAUCUAGAAAGCGUGCAUAUUCUCUUAGUCAUGAGUCAGCUUUACUUUAGCUUUACAUUUUUUAUUAGUACUUCUUUUCCUGUCAUAAUUUGUCAUUGCAUUUGUAGCUGAUCAUGAAUUGGAUGACAUUAGUUCAAGUCUAUUAGGUGCUUCUGUGUUCUUUUGGAACUCUCAGAAAUGUUCCUUGUUAGAUUGGGACAUUUAAAUUCAUAUGUUACUUAAUGCUGCUGUUAGAAGUGUGAUCAUGAGGUGCUUGUUUGGAAAUAGCAUGUUUGAUACAAGUUAAAUCUACUUGAAGGUAUCAAUGUGUUUGACAUAAGUUAAAUAUACAUAAAGGUAUUAAUGAACUUUUGGCUGGAAUUAUUGAUUAUCAGAUUGAUGAGCAAGAUGCAAAUUUGAAUCUCUGUAAUUUAUUGCUUCAGAGUUUCUGAUAUUCCUAGCCUGGUAUUUUGAGAGUCAGUGUAGGGUUCACUACAAAGGUGUUGUUGAUUUCUUGUUGGCCUCACAGUAAAUUGCGGAGCUGCAAGAGGUAGGAUUUUGGGGAUGAAGGUAUUUUAGAAAUGUACAACCUUUUAUUUUUUAAUUUUUUUUUUAAAUUUUUGUGUGAAGUGUUUUUGGUAUCUGGGUUCAUGUUUCUGUAUGUAAGAUGAUGGAAGAACCAGGGGGGUUAUCGGAAGAAUAUGUACUUAUCAUUAUUAUUUGAAGAAUUUAUGAUUAUUAUUAUUAUUGUUAUUAUUAUUUCAA